CAGCAGCCUUUCCUCUUCCAACUCGACCAACACCUUCACCCUCAUCUUCAGUCUCCACGCUUCGCGUCUCACCUUCUGCGCAUACGUAGCUGCGGUUUCCUUUCCCCUCAGGUCGUGCGCCAUGGGCGACUCAUUCGUCUCGCAACCUGAGUUCUUCGAGGUCGACGUAGGCGAGUCUCUCGUCUCUCGAACUGAGACGUUGGCUUCCUUUCGUGAACUUGGACCGCCCGAUCUCUGCCAUGUCAUCAAGACUACGGGACGUACUGGUGCGAAAGACAUUGGGUCUUACCACUAUGUCUCGGGCGUAGACGCCUCCUCGUCUGCUGCCCUUGCGGCAUAUAUCAACUCGCUCACGUACGAGCUCGACCAGAACCCGGCAUGGUUCUCGAGCAAGACCGCUUACAAGCUCAAGAGCGGAGCUUACUGCUGCUUCAAUGCCUUCUCACGCGUCGACGUCCGAGUAGAAGUCAGGAUUCCCGGCAGCGUAGAUGCCUAUGUGCUUGACCUUCGCGGAGAGCGACAUGAGCCCACGCCAGAAAUCUGGCAAGAAGUCUACCUCUCGGCGCUGCUGCGCUCCAUCCUCUAUUCAGACGAUGUCAACUACCGUCUAGCUGGCUAUCGCAAGCUCGACCCCAUUUCAAGCCCAGACGCAGAGCAUCGCUUCCUCCAAGCAGCAGAGAAUCUCUUCUUCAAGGGCUGGCAGCUGGGCUCAGAUCCUGAGAUUCAAGUGGCCACAGUCGUAUCGAAUCAUCUCACAAAGGGCAUCCUCAAGUACUUUGGCGAGGCCUCUCGCUACGAGCAGGCGGUAAAUCUCUUUGAGAAGCUCUACGCCCGAGAACCAGAAGUGGCCGCCUUGGUCGCGCAGGCGUACAUCGGGAUGCACGAAGAGAUCAAGGCCGUCCAGAUCAUGCAUUCGGCUAUCAAAACCACCCCUCACUCUUACGCCCUUCUACACGUCCAAGCCGACUUCCUACGGGCAAAAGGCAAGUCAGACUGGGCACUCCAGCUGGCCAAGCAAGCGGUCAACUGCGCUCCGAGCGAGUUUGCGACGUGGGCCAAGUUGACGGAGUGCUACAUUGAGGUUGGUGACUGGGAGUCUGCCCUGUUCACGCUCAACUCCUGCCCGAUGUUCACCUACAAUGAGCGAGACCUCCAUCGCAUGCCGACACCCGCCAAAAGCCACCUGCCCGUCAAAUCGUUCAUUGCAGAGAGCGGUCUGUUGGACGAGGAGUCGGCAAAGGACAAUGAAGCAGAUGUGGCGCUUCUUCGACUGCCGGCGCCUGCGCUGCGGGGCACGUUUGCGAAGGCGUACGCUCUGCUAUCGACGCUGGUGAGCAAGAUUGGAUGGGACGAGCUGUUGAGGUGCAGGAGCGCUGUCUUUGUGAUGGAGGAAGAGUACCGAGCGCAGAGGACGCCCGCAACAGAGACGCCGCCGAAUCUUGGAGCAACCGAGGAGAAUGACGAUGCGGCGUCGACGAAGGCGAUCCCGCCACGAGACGAAGAGGACGAGGCGACUGCGAAGGCGGCAAGCGCUGCUGCGACGGGAGACAGCUCGACGGACAGCGCUGCGAAAGACAUGGCCAAGCUCGGACUUGAGUCAACGAAUAAUAACUCGACCCAAGAUAUCCCGACGAUCAAGAUUUCAACAGAUAGCGAUCAUGAGCGAGAGCGCGCAGAGCUGUCACAGUACGCGGCUGAAGGGGGCGAGACAAAUGGCGUCAAGUCAGCACAACAUGACGAGGCGGCUGAAUCGGCCGCGACCAAUGGAGAAGCAGCGGCACCACUGGUCGAAGUGACACCACCACCGCUCGAGAAGCCGUCUGCGGUCAGCCACAGCCGUACCGACUCUCUGACCGCAGCCAACGCCAUCGCAGCAGACGCAGCCGAUGCUGGAGCGAUUGCUGCCUCGCAACACCAAACCGACUCUCAAGGCCCGACGAGCAACGAAGACGGCGACUCCUCUGCUUUCUCCUUCACCAACAAGCGCCUGUGCGAACGCUGGCUUGACAACCUCUUCAUGGUCCUCUACGAGGACUUGCGCGUCUACACCAUAUGGCGAGCAGAGCUGGCACACUAUCGCACGCAAAACCUCCCCUAUCGCAAAACUGGCACGGAAUGGGAGAUUCUGGGCGAGCUCGCUCUCAGACUGCAUCAUAAAGAGGAGGCAAAAGACGCCUUCCAACGCUGCAUCGAGGCGAAAUUCAGUGCAAAGGCGUACCUGCGUCUCCUCGAGUUUUAUGCAGAGGCGAGGGACGUCCAGCGUAGCCUUUGGAUGAGCCUCAGGUUGACGGCGUACCACCAUCGAUGGUACAUGGAGGGUUCCUUCCCAGGGGCGGUGGCUGCGAACUUGCUCAAGUUGAUUGCGUCAGAAGGGCUGCAGAAGGUCUCGUACACGCUCGUGUCGAUGAACCCCCCGCAGCCUAUUUUGAAGUUGAUGCAGAACUAUUUUGCGUACGCGCAGACCUUCAAGGUUGAGGGGGCCUCAUGGUAG